AUGUCUGCUAAACCUCUCAAUUCCUUCCAGCCAGGCUCAAAGAAUAGGCAGGGCCAUUUUUAUGGGCUCAAUCCUUCAUGGUAUUCUCAGCCCAUUACACCACCUGGACAACUCGAACGCGCUAGUAGCAAAGGGUCCUUCCCAGAUGCUAGUACAUUCAAGCGAUGCUCCACAUCCUCAGCAAGUCUGUUGAGAAGUAGCCCUUCUGGGACUUCAGAGUCAGUCUCAAGCCUGGAGCUGAAACUUCACCUCUUGUUAAAGUCAAAGCCUCUGAAGCCACCGGUGUUCGACUCAAAGGAUGGUGUACAGAUUUCCGCCAGCACGUUAUCGCCGCCAUUCAGAAGGGUGGCGAGGGGCCCUGAACAUGAGGUGUUUUCAGACGUCUCAGAGAGUGAUUAUCAUUAUAUUUUAGAUGCAAUUGAAUCUGAUGACAAUCUGAUUCGCAAACCAUCAUACAUCCCUUGUCUCCAACAACUACUCGUCAAUCUGCCGACCCCAAUCCACGAAUCUAUUUCGGUGCCCCUGUGCACCACAAUGGGCAACAUCAUAUCAUCAUUACCCCUUCCAUCAGGACUCAGUACCGCCCUCCGCAUUCAUAUAAACACGAUGGUCGAAAAGGGCAAAGACAACGAGGACGAUGAAGACAAACGCAAUCUCGGCAUCCCCGACAUGCUCAUUCAACGUGAGACGAGGGAUGCGGAAUUUCAUCCGCUAUGGCUUUUCAAGGUGUCAUUCUCUCAAACUUCCGAAGCGGUGGAGGCCAAGAUGCAACUCGCUGCUAAUAAGAACCCCCACAUCGAGGGAGCCAUGCACUUCCACAUCACUGAGGCAGAACCAUCCAUAUUGCCAAGCGACGAGUGGGCUCUCGAGCAGGAGUUGGAUAGGAAGAAGGUUGUGCGCAUUAGAGAGGUUGGUGGGAGUGCAAGUGGUAGCGGAAUCGUGUCUUUCUCGCAUACCUGGCUGCAUCCCCUCAAAGUAACUGUUACGACAUGGCUCCGUCCCCCUAACAGGCAGCUGAAAAUCACCAACCAUGGUGCACAAUAUUAUGCAACCGCGGUGCUCUUCCCGCAACAAGACGCUGCUGGCCUUGAAAAUGUCCAGCGUUUACUCAAGCGCACCCUUGGAAGAAUUCGUGACUCAACGGUCCAGCAUCUGGAGGGGGAGCAUCCUCCGGGCAGUAACGACCCUCUCACCGCCUUAAUCAAACCUCUAAAGAAAUGGGCCGUUCCAAACACAGUGAUCAAUUGGGGCACUUGCAUGGACGGUUUUGAGACAGCCGCCAAGCAAAUGGGGUUCAGGAGGUAUCGUAAGUGGCACGAGAAUCUCCUGAAAUGUACUGUCGAUGAGGUCAAUGAUGCUGAGUACGUUCCACCUGCAAGCUCCAAGAGAAGGAGACGCCACUAA